UUUUCUGUUGUUUGACAACACGAGGAACUUAUCUGGCUUCAUGAUUCCUUCACUGAAAGUGAAGACUAUGCAGGUUACAUUAUCCCUCCAAGCACCACCAAGACCUGAUUUUGAUGCCUCAAGGGGAAAACUACAGAAACUUGGAGAAGAAGGGUCUAUGACAAAGGAAGAAUUCACAAAGAUGAAACAGGAGCUGGAAGCUGAGUAUUUGGCAAUAUUCAAGAAGACCGUUGCAGUGCAUGAAGUGUUCCUGUGUUGUGUGGCAGCACAUCCCAUUUUGAGGAAAGAUUUAAAUUUCUAUGUCUUCCUGGAAUAUAAUCAAGAUUUGACUGUGCGAGGAAAAAAUAAAAAAGAGAAACUUGAAGAUUUCUUUAAAAAUGUGGUUAAAUCAGCAGAUGAAGUAGUUGUUUCUUGCGUAAAGGAUGUAGAUGAUUUCUUUGAGCAUGAACGAACAUUCCUUUUAGAAUAUCAUAACCGAGUUAAGGAUGCAUCUGCUAAAUCUGAUAGGAUGACGAGAGCCCACAAAAGUGCUGCAGAUGAUUACAAUAGAAUUGGUUCUUCAUUAUAUGCUUUAGGAACUCAGGAUUCUACACAUAUAUGCAAGUUUUUCUUAAAGGUUCAGAACUGUUUGAUAAAACAAGAAAAAGUGUCAGCUGAUGAGGACCUCAAACUUUCUGACCUUUUAAAAUAUUACUUAAGAGAAUCUCAAGCUGCUAAGGAUCUCCUCUAUCAAAGAUCUAGGUCACUACUGGAUUAUGAAAAUGGUAAUAAAGCACUGGAUAAAGCAAGAGUGAAAAAUAAAGAUGUUCUGUAGGAUGAAACGUCCCAACAAUUAUGCUGUCAGAAAUUUGAAAAAAUAUCUGUAUCUGCAAGACAAGAACGUAGAGAUUUUAAUACAAGAAGAGUUGCUGCAUUCAGAAAAAAAUUAGUGGAACUGGCAGAGUUAGAACUGAAGCAUGCAAAGGUAGUGUCAUAUUAA